AUGUCUAUUCGCGUUCUUCUCCGCGAAUAUCCCCACCGCUCAAUUGCACUUGUGACGCCUACCCACACUCUCAUCUUCCGCCAUAGUCCUACGAACGAUUCCACAAGCAAUGGAUUACUGAAUCCAAUUUAUCCAAUAUAUCCACGUGGAUCUACCGAUGGACUUGCCGCUCCUAAGUGUAUGGUAGAGUUUGCAGAUGUCUCCUCAAUUGAUCUUAGCGAAUACCGGACUUUGAGUCCCAUGCCAGUCCAUGGUACUCUCGGGCUCAUCACUGUUAGCAAUGAUAUAUUCCUCUGCGUAAUAACAGGCACGACAAGAGUGGCACAGAAAUUGCUGAGCAACGGAAGCUUCUAUUAUAGCACGAAUUUUGACCUCACCAAUCGAUUGCAAGACCGAUCUACAGAUGCAACAGCGAAUGAUGUUGAGAGUUUCGACGACUCAUUCUUAUGGAACUCAUAUAUGAUUGGCCCCUUGGGGAAAUUUCGAUCUCGUCUUGUGUUACAUGAACGAAAGGCCUUGGACAAGUCUGGCAUUCUCACAUCCGCCAUUCGUGGUUUUGUCCUCACGAUUACUAUACCUCCCGCCUCUGAUCCUUUGAGAACUUCAAGAUCAGGCCUCCCAUCAUCUCUUACUCUAAUAUCCCGAUUGUCUUGUCGAAGAGCUGGAACGAGGUUUAAUGCUCGAGGAAUCGAUGACGAUGGAAAUGUGGCAAACUUCGUCGAAUCAGAAACAAUAUAUUGGAGUCCCUCAGCCAAUGCACAAUAUUCUCCGGAACAAGGGGGCGAGAAACCAGCUGGUGUCUGUUUUUCAUAUGCCCAAAUAAGGGGAAGUGUCCCAAUAUUUUUCGAGCAGGCACCUGGUUUGAUUCCAGGUCAACAAAAGAUUACCAUAACUAGAUCCCCUGAGGGUACUCAACCCGCCUUUGACAAACAUUUUGAGGAAUUGGAGCGAAACUACGGCGCCGUUCAUGUGGUUAAUCUGCUCAGUGAAACUAAACCAGGUGAAGCUGAAAUUACUAGAUCUUAUCAAUACGGGAUUCGCCACUCGUCGUUGAAUACACCGGAAGAGAAAAAUUCCAAAGAUCAUCAACUGUUGAGGGUCACAGAAUAUGAUUUUCAUGCAGAGACUAAGGGUCCUCAAGGUUACGAGGCAGCUAGCAUGAUUCGAAGAAUCAUUGAACAUUCAGCAGACGGUUUUGCAUAUUAUCUAUCUGAAGAUAUUGAAGAUGCUGAAGAUAUUCCGGAGACACAAAUGCGAAGAACAGUUGUUGUCUUACAACAAGAAGGCGUAUUUAGAACGAAUUGUCUCGAUUGUUUGGACAGAACAAAUCUUAUUCAAACUAUCAUAUCCCAAAUGGCAAUAGAGUCAUUUCUCUUGCAUAGGGGAGCCAGAGGCACUUCGGAUUUUUGGAUGCGUCAUUCAACCAUGUGGGCUGACAAUGGCGACGCUCUUUCACGAAUAUAUGCAGGCACAGGAGCUCUUAAAUCGUCGUUUACGAGACAUGGAAAGAUGUCAAUUUCUGGAGCUAUUGCUGAUGCACGGAAGAGUGCUACCCGACUAUAUAUAAACAAUUUUGCAGACAAAGGGCGACAGAAUACUAUCGACGUACUUUUGGGCAGACUUGUGGGACAAGUGCCCGUUCAUUUGUUUGACCCUAUUAAUGAUUACGUGACGGCUGAGCUCAAUAAACGUAGCUCGGAGUUCCAAUCUUCCGAGGUGAUAAAUAUAUGGGCUGGAACUUUCAAUCUUAAUGGACGUACAUUUGGCAUAGAAGAAGACUUGUCAGUAUGGUUAUGUCCUGAGCUAGAGAAGUCACAACAGCACCCCGAAAUCGUAGUAGUUGGCUUCCAGGAAAUAGUGGAACUAAGCCCUCAACAAAUUAUGAAUAGCGAUCCAACGAUAAAACAAGAAUGGGAACAAGCUGUGCGAAAUACCCUAAACAAACAUGCUAGUACAGUUACCAACGAUCACUAUGUGCUUCUACGAAGCGGUCAACUUGUGGGAGCUGCUUUGUGUGUAUUCGUCAAAGCCUCUGUUCUUCCAAACAUUAAAAAUGUUGAAGGUAGUGUCAAAAAGACUGGGAUGUCGGGUAUGGCUGGUAAUAAAGGCGCUGUUUCAAUCCGCAUGGAUUAUGCAAAUACUCAGAUUUGCUUCGUAACUGCACAUCUAGCUGCUGGAUUUAGUAAUUAUGAGGAACGUAAUAGGGAUUAUCAUACCAUCCACAAUGGGUUGAGGUUCCAAAGGAACCGUGGAAUUGAUGAUCAUGGCAAGUUUAUAUCCAGAUGGUUGUCAGGAUCGUCCACUAACAGUAUCACAGACACGGUCAUUUGGAUGGGAGAUUUCAAUUAUCGUAUUGGACUUGGAGCAGAGCGGGUCAAACAACUCAUAAAAAUGGGCGACUUGGAGACUCUAUACGAGAACGAUCAAAUGGUAGCUGGCCUAACAUUCCAAUACUAUUCCGAGUCACGGAUUACCUUCAUGCCAACUUAUAAAUUUGAUAUUGGUAAUGAUACAUACGAUACCAGUGAAAAAGCCAGAAUUCCGGCCUGGACCGACAGAAUACUCCGAAAAGGUAACAAUCUGCGCCAAAUAAACUACAAUUCCGCGCCCCUUCGCUUUUCCGACCACAGGCCUGUCUUUGCAACAUUUCAAUGCACCGUGAGUAUCAUUGAUGAAGCUGUGCGUGACUCUCUAAGCAGGAGCAUCUAUGAGCGAAGGAGGGAGGAGAUUGGCGGUGCGACGGCUAGUUCAAAACUGGAUGGAACGGAUGACGAGGAUUUGAUUGGGUUCGAGAGCAUCGAGCCUGGUUUACCACCUGCAAGCUCCGGUCAGAGGAAAUGGUGGCUUGACGGGGGAAAACUUGCGAAGAGUCAAGUCCAACCACCAAGCAACUUAAGAGAUGCAGUACCAAACCCAAAAAGGCCGAGCAAUCCGUGGACUUUGACCGAUGAACCUGAUUGGGUUACUGUACCAAGGCCUGGUAUGUCUUCACGAAACAAUUCGCAUCGAAUGUCGUUACAGACUGGUAUGGGAAGGAAUGGCACAGCACCACGAAAGCUUCCACCGCCUUUUAAUCCUUCAACUCUCCCCAACUCUCAAAACCGAUUUAGACAUUCAAUAGCGAAUCAUUCGUCAACUACAUCUUUGCCAGCAAAGACAGUACUGCCUCCACCACAGUUAAUGGCGAGCAAUACUUCGACUCCAGCCCCGACCACAACAGCGAAAGCAGUUCUUCCUCCACCACAACUCACACGCCGCGCAUCCACAGAAACAACACGUUCCUCAUAUAAGAAAGCUCCACCCCUCCCGAGAAAACCUGUACAUCUAGCUUCUUCUUCUGUUUCACCUACACUAUCAACUUCUUCGUUGGCGUCAAGACCGAAAGAAACCCCUGGACCUAUACCUGGGGAAUAUAGAGAUUAUUCACCACCCUCCAGAAGAGCUACUUCUAGCCUGGAAAAAAGUAAUUUAGAACCACCACCUCCACCACAACCUCGGAGACCUGGGAGAAAGGUGGCCGAUGAGGGGCCGAAGCCACAGCUGCCAAAAAGACCGGUAGACUUAUUGGGCGAUAGCGAUGAUAUUGGGGGAUGGGAAGCCUUGAAACCUGCUAGAUGA